AUGAAGAAGAUACUGCUAGUCACAAAUUCGGAACUUGGACAAGCCAACAUAUUUCUUGCGGCUGGCCAUGCCCUUGUCUCGCGGGAUCCCGACGUCGAAGUUCAUUACGCUUCAUUCCCAGCCUUGUCCAAGCCAGUCUUCGAGGCCUCGAGAUACGCGCUGCGAUGCUCGCCCAAAGCCCGCCCGUUCGUUUUUCACGCGCUGGAGGGGGUAAGCUUCAUCGCCGCCUUCAUGGCCGUCAACGGUCUCGAGACAAUUUCGAAAAGCCCGGGCCUGGCCAGCACACCCGAAUACCUGAAGAUGAUGAUGAAGAUUGUGCUGCCGUGGUCUGCCCCUGGGUUCAUCACCAUUUUCCGAUCUCUCGUACGGGUUAUUGAGGACAUUACUCCCGAUUUCGUCGUGGUCGACCCCCUGUUUGGACCGGGUCUUACUGUUUGCGACCAUCUCGGCCUGAAGCACAUGAUCCUCUCACCCAACGCAGUCAAAGACAUGGCGCUGGCCUCCCAACCUUGGGGUGCCAUGUUCUGGAAGUAUCCCAUAAGCGGCUCAGCACUUCCGUACCCCGUGCCUUGGUCCCUACUGCCGCUGAACAUCUACUACGGCCUCUGCGCCGUGUGGUACCACCUCACCGAGCGGGACUACCACAUCGCCGCGGCAGCCAUCAAGCGAGAAACGGGCGUCAGCCUGGUGACGUUCGACAAGGUGGUCAUGGACCGCCGCCGGCCAGAGCGGCGCAUCCUCGUGGCAAGCCGCCCAGAGAUCGACUUCCCGCUUGUCGUACCCCCGCACAUCAUCCCCUGUGGCCCCAUCAUCCGCCCCGUGCCGGCCGUAUCCGAGAUCGAUCCGGAUCUGGACGCGUGGCUCCGCGGCGGCCCGACGGUACUGGUCAACCUCGGCUCGCACAUGGUCAUGACCGAGGCAGAUGCCGUCGAGAUGGCGGGUGCGCUGAGGGCUUUGCUGAACGCGGCUUCUUCUUCGUCGUCCUCGGCAGCAGAGGUAGACGUCAAGUGGAGGAGCCUGCGGGUGCUGUGGAAGCUCAAGAAGCACACGGCGGCGGGUGGUGGGUAUGGAUUCGAACCUGUCUCUGCCCUGCACGAUAUUCUGGGCAAGGAACUGGAUGACGACCGGGUCCGGGUCGUGGACUGGCUUGCCUGUGAGCCGGUUGCCCUGCUGGAGACGGGGAAUGUGGUCUGCGCUGUGAGCCACGGGGGCGCGAAUUCGGUACAUGAAGCGAUACAUGCCGGCGUCCCGCAGGUCCUGCUUCCUUCCUGGGCCGACUGCUAUGACUUUGCCAUCAGGGUCGAGUAUCUGGGCAUUGGCUGUUGGGGGAACCGGCGAGGUAUGCCGCGCUGGACGGCAUCAGAGCUGGGGCCCAUCCUUGUGGAAGUGGUGAUGGGACACGAUGCAGACAAGAUGCGGGCUAGGGCAAAGGAGUUGGUGGCGGUGUGCUCCGAGACUCCUGGCUCUGCUGUGGCUGCAGAUGCGAUCUUGGCCGAAUUAGCGUCCUGA